UUGUGAUUGUCUGUUUGUGUAAAGUGCUGGGGGCCACAACACUAUGGCCACAACUAUGGCUUACCAACAGAAAUUGGCAGAGAAACUCCUUGUUCUUAACGACAGGGGUCAAGGGGUUCUAAUCAGGAUGAAUCACAUUAAAAAGACUUGCACAGAUCCUAAACGAAGACCAUCCUUCCUCGCUGACAAGUCAAUGGAAGGAGUUGUAAAGUACAUCAACAGAAAAUUCCCCAACAUAGAUUUAAGGGGAAGCAGUCAACAGCUGAGCAACAUACAGAAACAGAAAUCUGCAGUAUUGGAAGGCUUGAGCAGUUACUAUGAGUCUUUCAUUGAUGUCAUGGAAUUCAGGGACCACGUUUAUGACUUACUCAACACAAUAGAUGCCUGCCAGUGUUUUUUUAACAUAACUGUGAAUUUUGACUUCACCAAGAACUACCUGGACCUGAUCAUUACCUAUGCCUCAGUCAUUUUAAUGCUCUCACGCAUCGAUGAUAAAAAAGUGCUGGUGGGAAUGUAUAACUGCGCCUAUGAGCUGUCAAAUGGAAGCAGUGACCCAUCUUACCCUCGCCUUGGACAGAUGAUUCUGGAAUAUGAACAUCCUUUGAAAAAACUCACUGAAGAGUUUGGUCCCCAUACCAAGUCAGUGACAGAAGCCUUGCUCUCGCUGCAUUCGGUUUAUCCUCGUAGGAACCUACCAGCAGAACAAUGGCGCAAUGCCCAGCUUCUCAGCCUCCUGAGUGUUCCUGCCACAAUGCUCAACCCUGCUAUGUGUGACACUAUGGCUUGUGAAUAUCUAUCCAUGGAGGUGAUGGAACGCUGGAUCAUUUUGGGCUUCCUGUUGUGCCAUACCAGCCUCAACAUAAAUGCUGCAUCUCAGGAUUUAUGGAAGAUGGCUUUGCGCAGUGGUCUCUACGUCACACUCAUCAGAGAUGAAGUCAUUAACAUACACAAGCUUUCAGAGGAACACCUUGAUGGGCUCAAAGGAUACAGCAAGCGUCUUGCUGAUAUUAAAGAGUGUAAAGAGCAUACCAUUGUGAACUGUGGGGCAACACACAGAGAGAAACGACACUUCCUGAGGCACGCUUUGAAAGAACUCAUCAAAGUGUUAGAGGAUGAGCCUGCGCUGCUUGGACCCAAGGUGUUAUUCGUGUUCAUGGCUCUGUCAUUUUCUCGUGAUGAGGUGCUCUGGCUCGUGCGCCACGCUGAGAACAUCCCUAAAACCAAGACACCUGAAGACUUUGCUGAUGUGCAUAUGGCAGAGCUUCUCUUCUAUAUGGAGAGACUGCAGGCACUCUUGGGUCGCUAUAACUAUGUUAUUCAGCGCUAUCAUCUUCAAUAUCUGUCCCAGUUUGAUGCCCUAAUACUCAAUGACACCAUACAGAGUAUCUAUGUCUGUCCUGAGGAAGAAUCAGUGCUUAUGACCUCAUUUGUUUCAGCCCUGUCUGCACUGACCCUCAAACAGUUGGAAGGUGGUAAAGAAUUUGAUUUCAAGGCUGUCAGAAUGGACUGGCUAAGAUUACAGGCCUACACCAGUGUAGGCAAGGCCACCCUACCCUUGAAGGAGUAUCCAGACCUUGCCAAGAUAAUGAACAUGACCCAGUUCCACACCAAGAUGAUGGACAAUGUGGAUGAACUUCUCAAUGAAACAGCUGAUCUCUCCUCUCUGUGUUUUUACACACGUGUGUUUGAGAAGAUGUUCUCUCAGAGCAGUGAAGAAGUCUCCAUGCAACGUUAUCUUAUGGCUUUCCCCAUGGUCUGUACCCACUUCAGCCAGAACACACACCAAAUGUGUCCUGAAGAGGUGGAGGUGAUGGAGAAACAAGCUCUGAGACUGUGUGUAACCUUUAUGGAAGAGAUUGCCAUUCAGACCUGUACAGUUGUGCUGGAGAUUUCUACUGAGCAAUGCAACCUUCAUGAGCAGUUAUUGCCAAAGCAUUCUGCUGAAACCAUAAGCGCAGCCCGCAACAAAAAGAUGAAGAAACCACCUCCAAAAAAAGAUGCCCCUAAAAAUAAACCAGGAGCUGAGAGUCAGAGGAAGGACAGGGCUGUCGUCACCAACAUGGAUAAGAUGCACCUGACCCUUACAGAGCUGUGCACUUCAUACAGCAUGUGCUCUGAAUUCACCGUGUUUAAACACAUCUUCGUGCCCUCUGAGUUUCUGCUCACACAGUUGGAAACGGGCCUCAGCAAGAUCUUUAUACGGAUGGCCCAUUAUAACCAAACCACUCAGGAAAUCGCCCGACCCUCUGAGCUGCUGGCGGGGAUCCAGACUUAUGUGACCAGUCUUUACACCCUUACUCGAUACAUCAACGUGGACAUUACCAGACUGGUGAAGAAUGUCCUCUUACAGCAGACACAACCACUGGAUUCACACGGCGCACCGACUAUCACCACGCUCUACACUAACUGGUACCUGGAGAGCUUGCUGCGCCAGGCUAGCAGUGCCUUCAUUGCGCAUUGUCCCACAAUGCACUGCUUUGUCAACCACAAUGUUGAAAAUGAGCAGAACUUUAAAGCAGACGAAUACUCGGAUAUUUGUGAGAUGCGAGCACUGGCUGAACUGAUUGGCCCUUAUGGACUGAAGUUUCUUGGCGAGAACUUGAUGUGGCACAUUACAUCACAAGUCAGCGAGCUGAAGAAACUUGUCUUUGAAAACAUGGAUGUCCUGGUGCAAAUGAAAGCUAACUUUGAUAAACCUGAGACAAUGCAAAACCUUCAAAAGAGGCUGACAGGCUGCGAGAAUGUGCUGAAGAGAAUGACAAUCAUUGGGGUGAUUUUGUCUUUCCGAACAAUGGCUCAAGGGGCACUAGAAGAGGUCAUGCACAGACAUUGCCCAUUUCUAAUGGGGUCCAUUGAAUGCCUAAAAGACUACGUCUGUACUGACACAGACAUCAAGGUAGCACUCAGUGUAUAUGAACUGGCAUCUGCAACUGGUUUACCAUGUGACAUUGAUCCUGCUCUGGUUUCAGCGAUUUCAAACAUGCGUUCAGACAAUUCAUCCAAUGAAGACGAGUACAAAACCACCUGCCUGCUGCUGGUGUAUAUUGCAGUUUCCCUGCCCACCCUGUCUGUGGAUCCAAAUUCUUUCUACAGCCGAGAACGUGGAGGUCACCAAAACAACAUCCACUGUCUGGCAGCUGCAGUUAACCAUCUAUCAGCAGCCAUGUUUACUGUUCAGAAUAAGAACAUUGAGCAGCAUCUCAAAGAGUUCCUUCAGGUAGCAUCUUCAAUCUUGCUGCAACUUGGACAGAACAUGGACAAAACAGAAGUUAAAAAUCGAGACUCUGUCUGUCUGCUCUUGGACAUGAUUGUGGACGAGUCACCAUUCCUAAGCCAGGACAUGUUAGAAGACUGCUUUCCAUAUGUGCUUCUGCGCAAUGCUUACAGAGAGGUGCACAGAGCCUUUAUCUACACUAUGGGUUAAACCUCCAGAACAACUUUAAUGCAUAUUAAGGCAAAACUUUGAUUUUAGCCAAUUACAGCAUAAUUAAAGUCAAGAUCUAUUGGUUUAAAUGUAAUGUUGAAAUGGUAACUAGCUGCCCACUAAUAUUUUCUGCAAUUAACAUUCCUACAUUAUGUUAGUUAUAGCAUACAGGGCUAUGUCCUUCAAAGUAAUUUCUAGGUUUGUAAAAUUCAUAUUCAAUAAAAAUUAAAUUAUGUUAUUGAUAUUAACUGGUUAAUUUUGGUCUGAAAAUGUAGUACCAUAUGCAGUAUAAUGUUGAAAUGGUAAAUGGCUGGCCACUAAUAUUUAUGCAAUUUAUGCAACAGUAACGUAUUAUGUUAAUUAUAUCGUAGUUAAUUUUUUGUACUUGUUGGUAAAAUUCACUUUCAAUAAAAAUCUAAUUAUGCUAUUGAUCACUGGAGUCUUGCUCUUCUGAUAAUAUAGCAGCAUAUUCAGGAAAAGAAAGAACUCAGAACCCGUAGACAUGGUCUUCUUUGUAUCUCCUUACUUUUUUUCCCUGAUAAAAAAAUAACUU